CGCUGCACGGGGUGCCGAGGGGCAGGUCCAGUAAGAGACGGCAGCGCCUCCCCCUUGCAAGGAAAAAAAAGAGGGGGGGACGACCCUCGGCUUGCAAAGCGCUCCUUCCCGCUGGCACAUGACAGCGAUGUAUAUAAAGCCCGGAGAGGUCGGAUGCAUUGGUUGAAAAGCCAGGUAGCGUCCGGGGGGGAGCAGCAGGAGAGGAGGAGGAGGAGGAGGAAGGCGAAAAGGAGACGGCGACCGGGAUGCCCCUUUAAGCAGAGGCUGGAGCGGGCCGGGCGGCUGGCUUGGCUUGGCUAGCAGGUUUCCCUCCCUCCCUCCCCGGGGCUCGCCUUUGCCCGCCCGGCGGCGGUGACCUUGCCACCAGCCUGCCUUCUCUCCCGCGGCCCCGGCGAGCCAUGCCGCUGCGGGGCUCCCUGCUGCUCUGCCUGGCCGCCCUGCCCGCCCUGUGCGCCCCGCUGGAGUCGGAGAUCGUCACCCCCAUCCGCUUGGACGGGCGGCAGCCUUUCAAGAGCGGCCCGGCGGAGCUCCCCCAGCGCGGGGCAGUCUACCAGAUCACGGCUUUCCGCGAGGACUUCUACUUGAACCUGAGCCCGGACGCGCAGUUCAUCGCGCCCGCCUUCGCCACGCAGUACCUGGGCACGGGAGGCGAGGAGGCCGCCCCGCGGCACUGCUUCUACUCCGGGGACGUCAACGCGGAUCGGGACUCCUUCGCCGCCUUGAGCCUGUGCGGGGGGCUGACGGGCGCCUUCGGCUACCGGGGCGCCGAGUAUCUCAUCAGCCCUCUGCGGGACGACGGCAGCGGCAACCGGGCGCGCUGGAGCAGCCGCGGGGAGCACCUGUUGCAGCGCCGCAGCGCGCCGGGCCACGCCGGCAGAGCCACCUCCCGGUGCGGCGUGGGCUCCAGCCUGACCCCGGCCAUCCUGCAGGCGCUGGAGCGCUACAAGGGCGCGCAGGCGGCCGGCUGGAUGCCGCGCAACGAGACCACGGCGCGCAAAGGGGCCCGCGCCAAGCGCUUCGUGUCGGCGCCGCGCUACGUGGAGACGCUGGUGGUGGCCGACGAGUCCAUGGCGCGCUUCCACGGCGACGACCUGCAGCACUACCUGCUCACGCUCAUGGCCACGGCCGCCCGCCUCUACCGGCACGCCAGCAUCGGCAACCCCAUCCACGUGGCCGUGGUCAAGCUGCUGGUCAUCGGGCGCGACGACAAGGGCCCCAAGGUCACCGGCAACGCCGCGCUCUCCCUGCGCAACUUCUGCGCCUGGCAGAAGAAGUGGAACAAGGGCAGCGACAAGCACCCCGAGUACUGGGACACCGCCAUCCUCUUCACCAAGCAGGAUUUGUGUGGAGCGACCACCUGUGAUACCUUGGGAAUGGCAGAUGUGGGCACCAUGUGCGACCCCAAACGUAGCUGCUCCGUCAUUGAAGACGAUGGCCUUCCUUCUGCUUUCACCACGGCUCAUGAACUUGGGCACGUGUUCAACAUGCCCCAUGACAAUGUGAAAGUCUGCGAGGAGAUCUUUGGGAAGCUGAAGACCAAUCACAUGAUGUCGCCCACUCUCAUACAGAUUGACCGCACCAACCCUUGGUCCGCCUGCAGCGCAGCCAUAAUCACAGACUUCUUGGACAGUGGGCAUGGUGACUGCCUGUUAGACCAGCCCACCAAGCCCAUUGAAAUGCCUGAAGACCUCCCUGGAGCCAACUACAACCUCAACCAGCAAUGUGAGCUGGCCUUUGGCGUUGGCUCCAAGCCUUGCCCAUACAUGCAGUACUGCACCAAGCUGUGGUGCACAGGGAAAGCUCGAGGCCACAUCAUGUGUCAGACGCGUCACUUCCCCUGGGCUGAUGGCACCAGCUGUGGAGAUGGGAGGUUCUGCUUGAAAGGGGCUUGUGUUGAGAAGCAUAACAUCAGUAAGUACCGGGUGGAUGGCAACUGGGGGAAGUGGGCACCCUAUGGCCCAUGCUCUCGGACCUGUGGCGGAGGAGUCCAGCUGGCCAAGCGUGAAUGCAACAACCCCCCACCUGCCAAUGAAGGGAAGUACUGUGAAGGGGUUCGAGUGAAAUACCGUUCUUGUGGUCUGGAUCCCUGCUCAGAUUCAGUCCCAGGGAAAAGCUUUCGGGAAGAGCAGUGCGAGGCUUUCAACGGGUACAACCACAGCACGAAUCGGCUUACGGCCACCAUCUCCUGGGUCCCCAAGUAUUCUGGCGUGUCUCCUCGGGACAAAUGCAAGCUGAUCUGCAGAGCCAAUGGAACAGGGUACUUUUAUGUCUUGGCUCCAAAGGUGGUGGAUGGCACCCCGUGCUCUCCGGACUCUACCUCGUUGUGUGUUCAGGGCAAAUGUAUCAAGGCCGGAUGCGAUGGGAAACUUGGCUCGAAGAAGAAGUUUGAUAAAUGCGGGGUGUGCGGUGGGGAUAACAAGAGUUGCAAGAAAGUCUCUGGCCUGUUCACCAAGCCGAUGCAUGGUUACAACUUUGUAGUGCUCAUCCCGGCUGGUGCUUCCAGCAUUGACAUCAGACAGCGAGGUUACAAGGGUUUGAUCAGUGAUGACAACUACCUGGCAGUGAAAAAUGGGCAUGGCAAAUACCUCCUGAAUGGGCAUUUCAUUGUCUCAGCCGUGGAGAGGGACCUGAUGGUGAAGGGCAGCGUGGUGCGGUAUAGCGGGACCGGGACGGCCGUGGAAAGCCUCCAAGCCUUUAUGCCCAUCCAGGAGCCGCUGACUGUGGAGGUGCUGUCGGUGGGGAAGAUGACCCCGCCUCGGGUACGGUAUUCCUUCUACCUGCCCAAAGAAAACAAGGAGGACAAGUCCUCUUACCGGAAAGACGGGAAACGCCCACCAGUCCUCAACAACAGCAUCCUCACCCUCUCGAACCGCCUGGAUCCAGGUCGGCCGGAUUAUAAACGCCCCUCUUACAAGUGGGCCACCACCAGCUGGGAGGACUGUUCCGUCACCUGCGGCAACGGGCUGCAGAAGCGCAUGGUGCUGUGCCGUGAUGCCUUAGGCCAGUUGGCUUCCGCUUGUGACGCAACUCAGCGACCCACCGACAUCAGGAUAUGUGGUGACCCCUGCCCCACAUGGGAGGCGGGCCCCUGGUCACCGUGCUCCAAAACCUGUGGCCGGGGGUUCAAGAGGCGCAUGCUGAAAUGCACAGGGCGGGGCGGUGCUCUGCUACCCCGUGACCGCUGCAACCUCAGGAAGAAGCCGCAGGAGCUGGACUUUUGUACGCCAAGACCGUGCUGACUGGGCUGGACCCGUUUUUGACCGAGACACUGCUGCAUCAUUCCUGCUCUCUGCAACCAAGUGGCUGAAAGUUUUAAACAGCCUCUGGGGGGGAGGGAGAGGGACUCAGUGGAGUUGAAGGGGGUGGU